CUUCACCCAUCGCUCACUACUUGUCGUCACCUCUCAGCUCUCGCUCUCCACCAUGUCCGGCCUCAACAUCUCCUCCCAAAGCCCUGUAAACCCAUCUUCCCCCGACGAGACUCCACCUCGCGCUGUGCUCAGCAGCACCUCGGCCCUGCCACUCAUCCCCGGACCUUCACCGUCCAAGGCUCACAAGGUCGCAUCGGCUACUUCACCACCACCCAGCUCCUGCAGCCAUGAGGAUCUUGGAGGGCCCAGCACAUUCGACCUGUGUGGCAACCCGAACGACUUCGACAAUCAUGUCAAAGUCUACGUGAGCCUCGUCGGCUGCGCCGUCCACCCUCUUCCCUCCGCCCCGGGCAACGAUGGGCACCAGCUGCUCGCGCCGCCCGUGGAUGCCAGCGCCCUUGUCACGCCCGAGAACCUGGCGCGCGGACUUGAGCGGCUUCGCUACGAGCGGGCCACGAAUCCCGCAGGCCAAGGCCGUGUCUUCAGCAGCUUCUUGCCACUCAAGACGGGUCGUACCCGAACUGCGUACCGUUUCCUCCCACAGGACCUGGACGAGGACGAAGUGCAACGCAUGGUGUCCCCUGACUCGGACGACCCCCUAGCUUACAUUGACAUGUUUGGCAACUCGCUGGUGCUUACCGACUACGUCCUCCCCAUCCCGAAGGCGCUCGUCGGGGUGCGCCCCCUCUCCUUACACCACACCGUGAUUGCAUGGCUGUAUGGGCACCACCAUCCAGCUUUACUGGCGUCAAACCAACUCCGCGUGACGUACGAAAGCGACGACGACGACAGCGACGGCGAGCUCAAGCCUGUCCCAAUUGUUGACAUGGACGCUCACUACCCUGAUGAGUUGAUCCAGACCCAAAUCGCUUCCCAGAUCCUGCAUAAUGUCGCUGGUCUCCGCCGGCUCCGGCAGAUGACCAUUGGCUCGUUCACCCUCGCAGCCCCCGACGCGACGUGUCGUCUGCAGCGCUCCUUUGACAAACUCGAGUCCAAGUUUCCCUGGGUGUCGCCAGCGUUCGCGGUAGAGUUCCCGCGGCUUGGGCAAGGCGAUGAGUGGCUUGACCGCCUGCCUGAACGUGUCUACCCCCCCUGAUGCUGGUGACAGCUGCUGGUUUGUUGAUUGUACAUAGUAUGUAGAUAGUGUAGUCGAGCUCAAGUCGACUUGGACAUGUGCAUGUAUAGUGGCGCCACUCUCCGGGACGCACCGGACGCGCGAUUCGACGCCUACGACACGCACGACGCUCUUUCAUCCUUUGAAUGCGAAGUCGGAGCAGGCAGAGGCGCGACGAGGUCGACGCUUGAGGCGCAUACCGCUGGUCCAGAUGCACUUGAUGCUGCUCAACGUAAUAGACUG